CCCGACGCAGUACCCGAUCCCAGCCAGUCGGCACAUUUCAUGUCAGACCUCUCGGUUUUGGCGAGCGCCGAAUUGCAUCUCGGCGCGUUAAGUCCGAACGUCGCGUCCACCCCUCGGCCGGGCACGUACCGCGUACCGUACACGCGGAAUAGAUAUAUACGCGUAGUAUCAGGGAAUAACUCGUCUCGAGCACGACAGCGAACGGCGCAUACCCUAGGCGCAAUGGAUAUUUUACCACAAUCGCAGCUAUCACCUAUACACUGGGCUCUCAAGGUCGGCCUUGUCGUCGUGGGAUUCCCACUUCUGGCUCUCCUGGUCUGGGUCGCCCGCAGAGAUCGACGGCUGGACAAGAUACCAGGUCCCAAGGGCAGCCUCAUCACCGGCAUCGGCCUCGACCUCCCCCCCAAUGCGCUGCAGAAGUUCCGAGAAUGGGCGGACGAGUAUGGCGAGAUCUACAAGAUCCGCCUGGGCUGGUAUACCUGGGUGGUUCUGAGCAGCCCCGAAGCCGUGAAGGAGGUCCUCGACAAGCAGUCUGUCUCGACCUCGUCGAAGCUGGCAACACCAAUGGCGGAACUGGUUGUCGGUGGUAUGCGCAUGGUGACAAUGCCGUAUGAUGCCAAGUGGCGCAAAUACCGGACGAUCUGUCACAAUCUCCUGACGCCGAAGAUGACAGCGGCCAUGCUCCCGAUCCAAACUCAGGAGAUCGGUCAGCUCUUGUACGACCUCGCCUUCCGGAGCUCCGAGGACUUUGUGUUCCGGGAGCACAUCAACCGGACCAUCUUCUCUAUCAUGAUGAAGACGGUUUACGGGCGGCGCAUUCGGGGGAAGGAUGACGAGGAUAUCAAGAACAUGGUGGAGAGUUCGAAGAUCCUCGGAAGGCUCGUCCGAGCCGGCGCCUUCAUCGAAGACUCGUUCCCGCCGCUCGCCGACCUACCGGAAUGGCUGCAGCCGUCAAGAAAGCGAGCCCUGAAGCUGGCUGAGUUCAUUCUCUGGGUGAAGAUGCGGACGUGGAACAUCCUCAAGGACCAAGUCGCCAAGGGCGUGGCCCCGGAUUGCUACGCAGCGCAGAUGAUCAACGCCAACUGGUACCAGCAGGGCUUGAUGGACGAGGACCUGGCCUGGCUCGCCGGAGGUCUCGUUGAGGCGGGCUCGCACACGUCCAUCCAAACCGUCGUUAACCUAAUCUUUUACAUGGCGGCUACGCCAGAGGUGCAAAAGAAGGUAGCGGCCGAGGUCGAAAGCGUCAUCGGCACGUCGAGAACCCCGAACAUGGACGACGUCCCGAACCUCCCGUACGUCUUCUCGUGCGUUAAGGAGAUUCUCCGGCUCUGCCCCGUACCGCCGUGGAGCAUCCGUCAUUUUACCGAUGCGGACGUGACGUACAAGGGCGUAGUUAUCCCGAAGGGCACCGCGUUAGCCUGCAACACCGUGGCACUGCACUUCGACAAGGAACGCUUCCCCGACCCGUUCGCCUUCAAGCCGGAGCGGUAUGCCGAGUACCAGAGGUCGUCGCUCGACUACUCGGCGCUGCCGGACCCCAACGACCGCGACCAUUUCUGCUUCGGCGCCGGUCGACGGAUAUGCCCGGGGAUCCGGUUUACCGAGAAUAACAUGUGUCUGAUCUUGGCUAGUUUGAUCUGGGCCUUCGAGAUCAAGCCAGCGGUGACGCUGGUGAACGGCAAGGAAGAGGAGAUCCCGCUGAACCUGUCGGAAGACGCGUUCGACCCGUAUCCCCUGCGCGCGCCGAAGCCCUUCCGGGUCCGAUUUCUGCCGCGAAGCGAAGAGCGGGCCCACAUCAUCGAGAGCACCUGCAACGUGGUAGAGUGAAAAGAGUGACAAGUAGACGGAGGCUCUAGCGUAGGGUUGUGUGAGGGUUGUGUAAGGGGGCAGAAGAGGCCGUUACAUAUCGCAUGGGAAGGAAGCAUGGGGGUAUAUGGGUACCUGUUGGAGUGGGCAGCCUGCGCUAGAUUUCCAGUAACACCUAGGUUGGAUGAAGAAAAGGGUGCCCAAGGAAUCCGACGUCGAGAACAUGCCACGUAAAAAAAGGGUCAUUCAGCGUGACUGUUUGAUACUUGAUUCAGCUUCUUUCUCGCUCAUCGUGUGGAGUAUUCCCAUCCAAGUCCACCCCGGUCCCCUCUAACCCUGGCCCAUCUAACCCUGGUCCAUCUAAAGAGUGCUUCUAUAUGUGGG